UUCUAAAUUAUUUUAUAUUUGUUUAAUUUAAACUUACAGCUUAGUACUUAUAAGUCAAUUAAAUAAUAUACUCACUGUAUAAAUGGUAUAUAGGGACUAGAACUUUUUGAAUCUUAUUCUAUCUAUUUAUAGUAUUUAAUAUAAAAUCGUUAUGAAUUUGCUGGUUUGGUCAAUUAUUAUUAGUUUUUAUAAUAUGGUUUCAAUCAAAUUUAUACCAAAGUUUGUACUAUGGCUUAUGAAUAUGAAUAAAGAACAUAAAAAAUUAGUCAAUGAAAUAUCAGUUUUAAAAAAUGAACAAUCUCAAAUUUCAAUUGUUAAGGAGUUUGCUAAACAUACAAAAUUACAACGAAGAAUCAACAAGUUGAAUGAAGAAUUGAAAACCCAUAUUAGAGAAAAUUCAUCUAAAAAUUUAAAGAUCAAAUUUAUGUGUAAAAUGUCUUUAUAUGCUUUCUCUGUAAUUUUAAAUUUUCUAUUUGUAUAUUACAACUAUCAUAAAACUGUCUUGAGAGAACUUCCAACUAAUUGGUUUAUACCAUUAUCUUGGUUAGUUAGAUGGCCUUCCUCGCAAGUUGGUACAAUGAGUUUUGUCUUUUGGUAUAGUAUCACUAAUUGUGUUGCUAAGGUGACAACUAAUAAUCUAUUAUGAUUAAAAUAAUAAUUAAAAAUAUUGUUGAGUGAUAACUGAUCUUGUGUAAAUGAAGCAUGUGAAUUUACUAGAACAUUUAAUUUUGUAAAACUAUAUUAAUCGUUAAGGAUUUGGGAUUUGUUUGUUAUAUACUAUAAUUUAAUAUUUUCCAGUUGUUAUAUUUGAAUAUUUCCACUUUAUUUGCAAUUUUUAUAAUUGAGAUUUAUUUAUUCUUAUAUUUAUCAGAGGAAAAUAAUUUUACAUGGUAUUUUAUACAAUAUCUAGUGUUAAUGUAUUAAAACUAUUUUUUUGAUGAUUGUAUAAAAAAGUAUAAUAGUUGAAUAAUUAACUUUAUUUAAGUUAUUCAAUUGAACUGAUAUGUAUAAUGUGAUUUAUUUAUUAAAUUUAAAGUUUAAUCAAACACUUAUUUCUGAAAUUUGUUAAAUUGUAUUUAAUUUGUUUUCUCAUAUACUUUAGAAUAUUAUUAAAUUACAUAUUUUACUUAAUUUUGUUUAAAUUUUAAUCAGUAAUAAUUGUAAUUCUUACUCAUUUUACUUGAGUUAUUGAAAAAUUGUACCAUGAAUAUUAACUCAGAUCAUAGACUCACUUAGGUAAAUUCAUUGUAGUUAUUUUCAAGGUUUAAAAAAAAAAACUUCCUCCAAUUAUAUAAAAUUGUUUGUUUCUUAAUUAGUAAUUACUCAUGCUUUUAUGCUCUAAGAGAUAAAUUUAUCUAUUAUAUAAUAUUAAUACCUAUCUAUAUGAAUUCUAUACGGAAUAGUACAUACUCCAUAUCAAUAUUCUUUAUUAUUUAUAUUCUUUCAGUAAUGCACCUCUUUUAUUACAGUAUUGAUCCAAUACUUGUUAUUUUCCUUACAAUGUAAUAAUUUUAAUGUAUGCAUUUUAUUAAAUAAAUGUUCAUAAAUUUAUUUUUAAUUUUUACCUGAAAAGUUAUUAGGUUAUUAAAAGGUUAGAAUAAUAUUUUAGUAAAUAUUUUUUUUUAUUGUACCUAUUGGUUUUUCAUUAUUGUAUAUUAUAUUCUGUUUAAAGUAUUUAUUUGUUCAGAGGAGUAAACAACAAAAUUGUUAUGGAAAA